GAAAGCCUCUCUAAGGAGCAGGUCACAGGGACGGACCUGCGGCGGGCGGGGCAGUGCUGCCGUCCAGCCGCGCCUAGCCGUGCACCCUGGGCUUCCUUUCGCUUUCUCUCGCCUUCUUCCAUCAUUCCUGGCUACCCCUUCGACGAGGCUCUGGGCUGGGUGCGGGGGUGCUGGCGGAGGAACUCCACCUCCCGGCGUUUCCCCGCCGCCCCCAGGCCGGCGAUCACGCGGUUGCGACGGUACUGACCCCACUGUCGAUUUGAGACGGUGAGGACGCCGGGAGGGACGCGCUGCCCCCUCGCGACCUGCCUCGGCCGGCCGGGCCCCGGCGCCGACGACCGCCGUGUCCCGCGGAAUCACAGGCGAAGCGGGAGAAGGAAGCGAAAGCCACUGAGAAACCGGCUGGUCGUCCGGCUCCGGAGAACGUCGGGGAGUCAGACAGAACGCGGCGGGCAGAGAUGCUGCUGGGCCGGGCAUCCCGGUUCCUCUUGGUCCUACUAUUUGUAACUUGUCUCACUUCUCCAGGAAAUGGUAACGAAGGCAGCAUGGUUGGACGUUGUCUCUGCGAUCUUAGAGUCUCUUCCCAUUCCCCCCGAAACGCGCAACUCAUGGGAAAUCUCCGAAAAUACCUGAAGGCAUAUCAGCGCUGUAUUUCCUACGUCAGGUUCCAGCUACCCUACAAAAAUGUAUGUGGAGGCAGCACUGACCGCUGGGUUCAGGAACUGAUGCGCUGCUUUGAUAGUGGAGAAUGUGGACAUGCUCAAGCUAGGGUGGUGGCCAGCCACGGGGAUGCACCUCUUCGCAGCACCCAGCUUCCUGAGCCCACAGAAGCGGCACCUUCAGACACAGUCACCACUUCCAGGACGUACCUGCCAUCCACCCUGCAGCGUACCCAGCAACCCACCCCUCUGGAAGGAGCACUGUCCUUGGACAGCAAGCUCAUCCCCACCCAUGAAACUACCACUUACACUUCGGGCCACAGUCUGGGGGCAGACCCUGAGGCCAGGGAGAACCAGAAGCAGCUGAAAGAAAAAGUGGGUCCUGCAGCUGGGACAUCAGCCUUCGUGCCCGUGCUGUCCCUCUUGGCCAUCAUUUUCUUCCUCACUGGAGUCCUACUCUAUGUGGUGUGCAAGCGGAGGAGGAAGCAGUCCCUGAAGCAUCCUCCAGAUCCUGAAGCUUCGUUAUACUUAUACACCUGCAGCAGACGAACCAGUACACAGAAUGGAAUCUUCUGAGGGUAGAUUAUGAUUUAUUCAGCAUCAAUUAAUAUACUAGAACAAUUUCUGGCACAUGGCAGACACUCUUUACUUAUUGGUCAGUGUUUUUAAUUCACAACUAACCAGCCACUGACCUCCCUUAGACCUUUCCUCUGUUCUUUUGGAUUUCUUCUAUACCAUGAUAUAAAAUUGCUGUUUAUUUUA